AUAAAACCCCACUCCCAAAUGGGUUCCGCUUUUCUUCUGAUGCAGGAGCUUCCAUGAAUGCCUGAAAGUCGAAGCUCGAGCCGGCAUCAAUGGCUAUCGUCACCACCCCGUUCUCCGCUUCCUUGCGCGCUCCUCUCGCUUCUUCACCUCCAUUCCUCCGCAUCGCCAAGCUCGCCGCGGCGACCUGCGCUCAUCGUCUCCGGUGUUACGGCGGUAGCAGCAGCAGCAGCAGCACCGCCGCAGUCCAGCCGCAACCGCAGCAACGGCAGCAAGAAGGGAGGAAUCAGCUGCGGAGCCCCGACCUCGUGGCCUUAGAGUACGCGGACCUCAACCUCCCCCACAAGCUCUCCGAGGAAUUGGGUCAUGUCAGGAUCAGGCAACAUGUCAAUCCCCUCAGUUCUUCCUUCUCGAUGCCUGCCCAAGCGCCGAACUGGGACGAGGUUUUGGAGGACCCGACCUUGCCUUUGAUGGUGGACAUUGGGUGCGGCAGUGGCAGACUUCUCAUGUGGCUCGCAAAAGCAAAUCCCUCGGGAAACUAUCUGGGACUGGAAAUCCGGCAGAAAGUAUGGCAUGAACACCUUGGGUUACUUCUAGCACACUCAGCAAUGACUCUGAUUCUUGCUAAGCGUGCAGAAUGCUGGGUAAAGGAGCUGGCUCUAAAGAACAUACAUUUUCUGUUUGCAAAUGCCACAGUUUCUUUCAAAAAUAUAAUGUCCACUUACCCAGGUCCUUUGAUGUUAGUUUCAAUCCUUUGUCCAGAUCCUCAUUUCAAGAAAAAGUAUCACAAGAGAAGGGUUGUGCAGAAGCCUUUGGUAGAUUCUAUUUUGGAUAGUCUAGCGCCUGGGGGAAAGGUAUUUAUACAGUCUGAUGUGCUCGAAGUGGCCAUGGACAUGAGAAAUCUAUUCGACGAGAGGUGCGAUUUGCUUCAACACGUCGAUUCGAUCGAUACGACAAUUUUGUGCGAUGUGGAUGGAUGGUUACUGAAAAACCCAAUGGGGAUACGAACAGAGAGAGAAAUCCAUGCAGAAUUCGAAGGCGCGAAGAUGUACAGAAGAUUGUACCAGAAGAAGCUGGUGUAAUUUCAGGGUGGCGUUGCCCAAGGAUAGGUUGCGUUGAGGAGGAAAGGUCAUAGGUUGUUUUGUAUUUGCUUAUGCUGGAAAGAUUCUUGUUCUUUCUAUUUCUUUACCCUCUAGGUUAGGAUAAGAGCCAUAUUGCCACCUACUCUUGAACAACUCCACUACCUCUCUCCUUCCUACCAACUUCUCCAUCAUCCUCUGCUCAGCAAUUUACAGCCACAGGUCAUGCAUGUUGCUUUCACCGAAAAUCAUGGCUUUUUUUCAUUAGUUUCUUUUGUUUUUAUCUUGAAUUAAGAAAAGUCUCAAUGUUUACCCA